UUGGUGGUUGUUUUUUGGCGUUGUGUUUGUGGGGUUUUUUUUAGCAUAGAGCUAGAUAAAAGAACAUUGCAAAGAUGCAGGACGUUUAUCCUUUUGGCGGUGGAAGCAGAUAGUGAUAUUUUGCUAAAGACUGUGCUGGAACUACCCAAGUUCUGCUGCAGACUCCUCCGCGUAGCUGGGUCUGGACAGUACUUGCCAACAGCAUUACUGGGCUGCUCCCCUGGCUGCUGGGGGCAGAUGCACAAGUACCCGCGGCUAAAAUGAAACCCCUUGAGGAAGGAGGAAACAAGCUAGAUAACAGCCAAACCCCAAAGUCCAGCUGCAAAGAGAAGCAGGAGUCUGAGCUGGGCCAGCAGGAAGGUUUUCCAGCAUCGAGCGGUACUGCUAGUAGCCCUUAGCUAUAACCAUGGAGAACCUGCGUAAUGCCAACAGCAGAUUUGCACUCGAUCUGCUCAGAAGGUUCAAUGAAACCAACCCGGCAGGAAAUGUUUUCUUCUCCCCUGCCAGUGUCUCUGCUGCUCUCGCCAUGGUCCUUUUAGGGGCCAAAGGUAACACAGAGGCACAGGUGCUGAAGACGCUUCAUUUUGACGAAGUUGAAGAUGUUCAUUCAAGAUUUCAGGCUCUGACUACGGAUAUAAACAGAAGCAACGCUCCCUAUCUCUUACGACUUGCCAAUCGGCUUUUCGGAGAGAAGUCCUACAGCUUUUUGCCGGAUUUCCUGACUAACACUCAGAAAUUAUAUGGAGCUGAUUUGGCUACAGUUGAUUUUCUUCAGGCUUCUGAUGAAGCCAGGAAAGAAAUUAACCAGUGGAUAGAGGAGAAAACUGAAGGUAAAAUCCCUAAUCUGCUGUCCGAAGGCUCAGUUGACAGCAUGACCAGGCUCGUGCUGGUGAAUGCUAUUUAUUUCAAAGGGAACUGGGCAGAGAAAUUUAAUGAAGCCGACACCACUGACAUGCCAUUUCGGUUAAAUAAGAAUGAAAGAAAGACAGUGAAAAUGAUGUAUCAGAAAAAGAAAUUUCCUUUUGGGUAUAUCCCUGAAGCAAAGAUCCGCGUUUUAGAGCUGCCUUACGAUGGAAGAGAACUUAGUAUGAUCAUCCUGUUACCUGAUGACAUUGAAGAUGACUCCACUGGACUGCAGAAGCUGGAAAAGGAGCUUACCGUAGAGAAGCUCCAGGAAUGGACACGUCCAGAGCAUCUGUAUUCCUCUGAUGUUCAUGUGCGUUUGCCAAAGUUUAAGCUAGAAGAAAGCUAUGACCUUAAAUCAGAUUUAGCCGCUAUGGGCUUGUUGGAUGUGUUUGACAACGGCAAGGCUGACUUGUCAGGAAUGUCAGGGGCACGUGACCUCUUUCUCUCCAAAAUUGUCCACAAGGCUUUUGUAGAAGUGAAUGAGGAAGGCACAGAAGCUGCAGCUGCCACUGCUGGCAUUGCUAUGCUCUGCAUGGUUAUCGAAGAGGAUUUCAAUGCUGACCAUCCUUUCCUUUUCUUUAUUCGCCACAACCCAACGCAAAGCAUACUUUUCUUCGGCCGAUACGCUUCUCCAUAAAAGAGAACUUGGCAUUUGCAGACCAGUUCCUGCUGUAGUCAAUGAAAGCUUUACUCCCAAACAAGUGGGAUUUUGAUGUAGGAAGUUAACGCUCCUGGCUUGAGUUCCUGGUAACUUCGACUGAGAUUCUGCUUUUCCCAUUAAAACAGGCCCAGAGAAACUGAGGAAUAAUUUUUUUUCUUUCUUGAGAUUGACAUAAUCUUUAAUAACUAGGAAAAUUUUAACCGUAGGCAGAAGAAAUCUUUUCAGAUUGGACUAGAAAUACCCUUGAAAGAAACUUGUGCCUUUUAAAGCACGGGAUCACCCUGUAUGCAUCCUUGUGUGGGUUUCUCUGUGUUGGCAGACCCCUGUUGUGAUAAAUUUAUAAUAAUCUAGUCAUUCCUUAUGCAUGUAUACUAGGAUGUUCUUGCAAAGGUAUUCCUCCUCUAAAGUCUUGCUUUCCAAAGAUAUCUUAGGCACCAAAAGGCAUGUUCCUGAACAGCUGAGUUUACCCAAUUCUGUCGUGAACUAGAAGGUCAGAUAACAUUUGUUUAGAGACAGCUAUUAAUAGAGAAAGGAUUAGGCUAUUUAAACAAAAGUAACCCCUUCCAGUCAUUAGCCAAAAAACUUGUGGCUUUUGAAUGAGGAGGAGGAGAGGAAAUGAGUAACAAUUCUAGGUGACAUGUUUAAGGAGGAUUUUUAAAAUGUGUAGUCUGGCGCCUUUUUAGUUAUUGAAAAACAUGAAAAUGUGUCAGGACUUAGAGGUGUUAGGUGCUUGAAGCUAAUGGAUGCCUUGCUGCAAGUUCAGAAGCUUUCAAUAUGACAUUAGAUUCUGGCCAGAACCUAUGUCAUCCUCAAAAAAUACUGCGGCUUCCCAGAGGAUGACUGUGUAUAAUCUGCAAUAAAUAUUUGAUAAUGUCUCUUUACGUACCAAGGAUUCAGCAUUUACAGAGCUGACUUCCACUGCCUCUUUAUACACAACAGCUGUAUGCCUGGGAGCCACUGUGAUUACACACUGGUAGUCGUCUGUGUUUAUUUCUGGAGGUUAUUUGCUUGUGUAUAUCUUGGGUACUGUAACAUUUGCCUUCACAACCUCAGUUCUAAGCGGGGCACAAUAAUUUCUGUAAUUGCAAACUGUAUAUUAACUUUGUCUUUAAGCAACAAAUAAAAAUCUUCUU